GUCAUGACCUACUCCAUCCAUGGCACUUGAAUACAGCUGCGAUGAGCUGUGUGCUUACAAUGGAGAUUACUAUCAACGAAUAUGGAAGACGUCCUACCCUCCUAUGCAUUUGCGACGACCAGAGAUGCCUGGAUUAUCAUUGCCCAGUAUAUUCCAUCUAGUGACCUCUGUGCAGCCUCGUUGGUUUGUCGGAGAUGGCACAAAUUGCUCAUGCCAUUCCUCUGGGGUAACCCGGCGUCUCACUUCGGAACAGAGAAUGACGCCGUCUACGUUGCUCUUACGCGUUUCAGGAGGACGUUGAAAUAUGCACGACUCGAGGUGCGGAUGUUGACCCAUACUCUGCACCUGCCGCCCGCGCUCUCGGAGAUCUAUGAUGGCCCACGGCCAGAAUGGUUGCGCGAAAUUCUCGAAUAUCUGCCUUGUCUUCAGUCUCUCAUAGUCUCAAAGCUGCCUUUCUUUGAUCAUAACUCUAUGAUCGCUCUGAGGGGUUUCUCGGGCCAUCCUCUGUCCUCUCGCAGGUACCCGAAUAUCCAUCUAUUGCUCGCGGAAGGCGAACCAAAUUCUACAUCGCAGGGGCUUGCGGAGACGCUCUUACGGCUCCCUGCGCUAGUAUAUCUCGAUCUAUCGUAUACUAUGGGAGCUCGAGAUCAUGCGGUUUUAUCUACGUUGUCUGAACUAGAGCACCUCCAAGUCCUUAAGCUUCGUGGCCUCCGCCUAAAAGAUAAAGACGCCGAGUUCUUAGCAAACGCCAUUGGUACCAAAGUCCGGUUUCUGGACUUGCGAAAUAAUAAGCUCACAGACAUGGCUCUUAGGUCAUUGCUGCAAGCUUCUUUCCUUCCCGCUGGUGCUGCCAUGAGACAAACACAAUCUGCUCAUAGUAUAUCUACUUCUGACUUCCUUAAAAGCCCGGAUCUGGAUGAACGGUUCUUAGACCUCCUAACACGUCCACUAACAAACUGUUUCUGGGUUACUAAUAUGCCACAUGUGGGAAUAACACACUUGUAUCUUGCUGAUAACCAGAUCACUGUUGAAGGUGUAGCAAGCCUCCUGGCUUCAACCAGGCUUCAUGCACUUGAUGUUGGAACAGUGAAUACAGCCGAGCUCUUCAUGCGAGUACACCAGGAAUCAUGCAGUCGAGCGGGUUCCUCGCACUUCCCCGGGGCAGAGAAACUGAUACCAGUCCUGGGUUCAUGCGCGAAGGAUAAAUUGACGUAUCUACGGGUACACCAUGCCGUGGUUACGGAGGACACUCCUAUCAAGGAUCAAUCGUUAAACGCUUUCCUAUCCCAGCCCAGGCCUGUUGGGAUGGCGGAGCUGGACCCUGUUAAUCAAAUUCAUGAGCUGGCAUCAGACGUAGAGUUCAGAUUCGAGCUUGCAGAUACUUCGAUCCAGCGACCUACCACAUCACCGUCACGAGAUAGACGUCCGAUUUAUGAAGACGAGCCGUUACCGGAGAAUAAAAGGGGUCCUGUUUUCGCCCCGGAAGUACUUCAGCAGGGCCAUGAUGAGAGCGGCGGCAAACCUGCUCUAGAUGCCAGAGAAGCAGGGGCCUCUGGAUCCCAUCAAGCUGCAAGAAAUGAACCGGAUCAACCGCUCACUAGCCAAUGUACCUCAGAUGCCCACGUUCCGGCAUCUCCGUCUAGUUUCUUGUCAUCAGGCGGUUCUCUUCGAGCUCGAAGGAUCCGAGAAUUGCUCUCGAAAAGGCCACAUAACCAAAGCUUUCCCCUGCGAGACGGUGGCUUCCCCUAUUUGCAUCCAUCCCAUGUCCCACAUCUCGAAACCCUGGUUCUGACAGACGUUCCAUCUCAUGUACCGGAGAACUCCCGGAUACUUACCUCUUUGAUUCGUUUUAUCACGGCUUGUUCAGAUGAAUCCCUACUAGCAACCCUCCAGGCAAAAUCGGACUACUCGUUGCCUCCGGGCCGAUCUCGACUAAGAGCUGAACAGCAGCAAUCCAGAGCGCUUUUUGCUCUGAGUCGCCUAGUUCUUGAAAUCGCACCCACAUCGAAGGAGCUGCCGAAGUUGACUCCAUGGACUCCCCUCAGUUAUCGAGAUGGCCCCUUCAGGUCUUCUGGAGGGGAUCGAGACUCCGAGGCUCUUUGGUCCGCUGCUAUAAAUGAUUUCAGUUUCUUUGGCGAAGAAGAAUGCGGAAUCCCCGAGAAUGACCCCGGGAAGUACUUCCCCAUGGCUGCCCUAAACGAGAAGGUCACUCUGGUGCCAGAGGAUGACGGUCCUGGAAUCCCGGAGCUCGCAGCUACUGAAGCAGGGCACCAAACGCUUUCCUCCGCAAGUGGCAGUAGCGCAACGAGUUCAACUACCAACGAAAAGGGACCAAAACAGAAGCAGGUUCCAGAAGUAGAUCUGGUCGCCGAACUAGCAGCAUUCCGCCGCGCGAAGAAAGCUCAAUACGAAGAAUUAAUCUGGAGAGAUCGAGAGAACCGACGACGAAAUACAAAUGCCAGCGCCGGCGACGUUGGAUCGCCAUUAUCAGCAACAGCUCUCCUCUCACCUAUCUCUCCUGUGUCGGCGUCAGCUUUGGCUUCAUCAUUGCAGCCACCGUCACCAAGUUCAACCACAUCUUCUAUGUCUUCUUUCUUUCCGAUGACGCAUUACGUGGAGGGCCAUUGGAAGGGAGAGGUAAAUGUCAUCCGUAAUGCGACACCAAAGGGCAGAAGUGGAAUGGUGGAUAUGUAUGGGAACUACUUUGAGAAAGGGUAUUUGUACCCUUGAACGUAGUAGCAAUUAUAAUUCAAGUCUACUGUAGAAAAUGCUUACAAGGAAUU